UCCUCCUCGGCGGUGGCAGCGACCGGGCGAAGCGGGCUUGGCUUCUGCCCGCGCGCACGGAGACGGCGGCUGCGGCGUUGGAUCCGUCAACGUACUGCGAGAGCCCGGUGUACAGCCCGGACGUUUGCCCCAACAUGAUCGCCGCGCAAGCCAAGCUGGUCUACCAACUGAAUAAAUACUACACGGAGCGGUGCCAGGCCCGCAAGGCGGCCAUCGCCAAAACCAUCCGCGAGGUGUGCAAGGUCGUUUCCGACGUGCUGAAAGAGGUGGAAGUGCAGGAGCCGCGCUUCAUCAGCUCGCUGAGCGAGAUCGACGCGCGCUACGAGGGCCUGGAGGUCAUCUCGCCCACCGAGUUCGAGGUGGUGCUCUACCUCAACCAGAUGGGCGUCUUCAAUUUCGUGGACGACGGCUCGCUGCCGGGCUGCGCCGUCCUCAAGCUGAGCGACGGCCGCAAGCGCAGCAUGUCGCUGUGGGUGGAGUUCAUCACCGCCUCGGGCUACCUGUCGGCGCGCAAGAUCCGCUCGCGCUUCCAGACGCUGGUGGCGCAGGCCGUGGACAAGUGCAGCUACCGCGACGUGGUCAAGAUGAUCGCCGACACCAGCGAGGUCAAGCUCCGCAUCCGCGAGCGCUACGUGGUGCAGAUCACGCCCGCCUUCAAGUGCACCGGUAUCUGGCCGCGCAGCGCUGCCCAGUGGCCGCUGCCCCACAUCCCCUGGCCGGGACCCAACCGCGUGGCCGAGGUCAAGGCCGAGGGCUUCAACCUGCUCUCCAAGGAAUGCUACUCGCUGACCGGCAAACAGAGCUCGGCCGAGAGCGACGCCUGGGUGCUGCAGUUCGGCGAGGCCGAGAACCGCCUGCUGCUGGGCGGCUGCCGCAACAAGUGCCUCUCGGUGCUCAAGACGCUGCGCGACCGGCACCUCGAGCUGCCCGGCCAGCCGCUCAACAACUACCACAUGAAGACGCUGCUGCUCUACGAGUGCGAGAAGCACCCGCGGGAAACCGACUGGGACGAGGCCUGCCUGGGCGACCGCCUGAACGGCAUCCUCCUGCAGCUCAUCUCCUGCCUGCAGUGCCGCCGCUGCCCGCACUACUUCCUGCCCAACCUCGACCUCUUUCAGGGCAAGCCCCACUCGGCCCUGGAGAGCGCCGCCAAGCAGACCUGGCGCCUGGCCCGGGAGAUCCUCACCAACCCCAAGAGUCUGGACAAGCUAUAGGGCGCCCGGGGCUCCGUUGCAAACUCUGGAAGGAGGACGGGCUCAGAGACUGAAGGCGCGGCGGCGGCGGCGCUGUUCCUCCGCUCCCCUUUUCCUAAAAUGUCCUUAAAAAGACAAGACUCUCCCGGCAGGGAAAGGACUUGGCGGCAGCCGAGCGAAACCCGAGGUACAUUUCUUCCCCUCCCCGCCCUGAAUCUUCCGUGUGUGUGAGCCCCCCACCCUUCUCUCCGUCCCUCUUUCCUCUCUCUCGUCCGUUUGCCUGAAUGUUGUCACCAAGUGAAAAACAACG